GGACCCUGGAGAAAACCCCUGCAAGGGUCAGGCUUGCAAAACAGUGGACAAAAAAGGCUAACAGCAAAGAAAAAGUAGAAAUCAGAGGAAGGCUGAAAGAGAGAGAGAGACAUUCAUGACACAAGAGAGAUACAGAGACAGGGGGAUGCCGGGCAGACAGAGGGAACAAGACUGUGGAUGGAUGGAGCGACGGUUGAGAGGCAGAUACAGGGAAGGAGGAGCCAACCAAGAAGGGGGGGGAUGAAGGAGGAGUCUUGAAAGAGUGGAGAUAAAAAGGACCAAGAGAUUGAGAGCUGAGGAAAGACACAGAGAGAGAGAAUAAGUGAGAGAGAGAGAGACAAAAAGAGAAAAAGAGAAAGAGAGAGGAGCAGCUCUGCAAACAGAACCAGUCAAAACAUACUUGCAUCAUUGGACCAGUCUGCUGGGACACAGGAAUAUGGAUUGAUGUGAAAACAAACAGGAGUUCUGUUUUGGAAUAGGACACUCUUCUUUAACCAGCAAUCAAAGACACUAGAACUGUGUGAAGAAUUGAGAAAGACAGACAGAUCGAGGUGGUAAGAGAGAGAGAAAAAAAGAAAGACAAGAGAAAAAGGGGAGAGACAGAAAGGGAGAAAGAGAGAGGAGAGCAACAUGGAGAAAGCAGGUCAGUAAAGAGAGAAAAGGAAAAAUCUGUUUCACAGACAAGGGUGAAAAAAGGAAUACUCUUUCUACCACCCACAGUGCCUAUACCACACACAGACGGAAUUUGUCAUGCACACACAUUCUCAUGUAGAGACACUAUCUGUGCCACACACACAGUAUUUAUGUCUUGAAUGGUGACCAAAACACACACACACACACACACAUAAACAAAGUUUCUCACACACAUUUGAGUAACGUAUACAGGGCGUUGAGUAUUUGACAUGAUGCCAUUCAAACAUAUCAUUUUAGCUUGGAAGACACUUUGAGAUGCACUCUUUAGAAUGCACUGGCAAUCCUCAGCAGUGACACCGAGACUGAGAGACAUAUAACAACACAGAGGGAACACAAGAGAGACCGCAGCAAAAGAACAACUGGAAAACAAUCGUCCUGCGGAUAUACAAUCAUCCAAACCAGAGAACAGCACUCUGGAAAAAGGACAACUGUUGAAGAGUGUCUCUUGGACCCCCUAUUAUCGAACCAUCCACUGAGCUAAACUAUUGUGGAUCACAUCCCAUGAUGAGCUCCCUCAAGGCCUGUUGAGAAGCUGAAGAGCGGAUCUUCUUGAAGGAGCACCACCAGGCCCGACCAGACAUGCUGCCUCCUUCAGCCCAGGGCAGUGGUGCCCUGUGUGGGCCACAAAGGCUGCUCAUGCUGUCCCUUAUUCUGGGACUGCUGGUGACUGUUUGUGCUACACAGAGUGAUGAGAGCCAGGGGGAGAAUAACACUGCCAGUACAGAGAGCCCGGAGACAGUGUCCUCAGAUCUGGACAUAGUGAGUCCUCGUAACUCCUGGCUGGUCUUCAGACGGAACUCCAACAAAGGGGAGAACAGGAAGACCAAGCCCCCUAAGAGAGCAUCAAAGCAUGGUCUGCCGGGGCCUCCUGGGCCCCCUGGUCCCCAGGGCCCCCCCGGGCCCCCGGCCCCCCUGCUGCCACAACAGGAAGAGCUCAUGCAGGAGUUUCAGCUGCGACUAAGAGACAUGGCAGGGGGUCCCUGUCUACUGUGUGAUCGAACCCCCCGCGUGGCCACAGCCUUUCACUGCCGCCUCCAGCACCCUCUCACUGUGCCCAGGCGCAGCCUGCUGGAACUGCAGCCCUUCAACUAUCCCUCUGAUUCUGAGCAGAGUCUUCAGAGGGGCCAGGGGUUUAACGCCAGCACCGGCCGCUACACCGCUGCCGUCUCUGGCUUCUACCAACUCACUGCCAGCCUCCUUAUAGAGCCCAAUGAGCGGUCACACGCCAGAAUGAGAGAUAGUGUGAAGGCAUCCAUCUGCAUUGAAUCCCUCUGUCAAAGCAAUGUGUCUUUAGAGGCAGUCACAGGGGUGGGUACUACUGGAGGAAUUUUCAGCAUCUUGCUGACAGGAACCCUGUACCUGCAGCGUGCUGCUUUCAGGCGGGGGAGUACGUGUCCAUUUUCGUCGACAACGGAACCGGCUCUGCCCUCACGGUCCGCCAAGACACGCUGUUCUCUGGGAUACUUCUGGGAGUUUAGCGUUACCAAGACGAUCAGCAUACAUGCACAUGUUCACACUGCAAUCAACAAAUACAUAGAGCGAGGCACGUAUAGGAACAAUAUGUAAGGUUUGAAACACACAUGCAUACCCAGUGUGCACCUCUCAAUCCCACAGAAAAGUAAUAAACUGGCAACGCUGAGUGGGAAGAGUGCAUUGACAAAUACCGUAUCAGAGGAAGAUAAGCAUGCACUUCACUUAUCUAUCAACAUGUUCAGGACAACAUUCAUUCAGUCAUCCAACAAACAACAGCAUCUACCCUAACCAUAUAAUGCCCAUAUAGUUGUAUUUUUCUAGUGCUACUUUCAGGUUCUUUUCAACAUGCUAUACAGUAUAUAAGUGUCAUAAUAUUUAUUCAUUUAUGGUUGUGAUAAAAAAGUUGAGGAUAUAUUUUGCUUUAAAUAAAAAUAUUAUAUUGAUUCUGGUCA